AUGAAUGAGCAACUCAGAUUGGCACAAUUAUUCUGGGAUCAAUUGUUGAAAACACGUAAUUAUAGCCAUAGUCUAACAUCAGAUAUUUGUACUGUAUUAAUCAGUUCAUCCCGCGGUGUACAUCCAUUAUUACAUUAUACCCUUUCGUCACUCGUUAAAGCAAUGACAUCUGAAGACAAAUUGACUAAGAAAAUCCUUGUUUAUAAUACUGCUCGUCCGCUUCGGAAUAUUUCAUCGCAUUCAAUAAUUAUUUUACUAACAUUUUGGCUACUUUGGUUUGGAUUCGUUCUUAUAAUCUUAAUAUCAACCAAUCGUCAAAAUUUUCAAUUUCUUGUUGGUCCAAGAGCUGGCGUUCAUCCGAUAGAAUCAUCUGUUCCCGGUGUUCUUGCACAAUUAUAUCCUCGGUGGAUAAUAUCAACACUUGAACAGUUUCUUCGUAAACGAUUAAAACAAGGCUUACUUUUGAAUAUGCCAAUACCUAUUGAUUUGCUAUUAAUUGAAUUUUUGGAGCAACAACAUACAAAUUUUCAACAAUGUCAUCUUGUGCCAGAUUUAGUGGACCAUAUUGGAGUUUAUUCGUCAUCGAUUAAGAAAAAUCAAGGAAGUUUCCUAUCUAUGAAACAAAGUGGAACAUUUCGGUGGAACGAAGCAGCAAUCGAUCUCAAUUUGAUUUAA